GGAGGAUUCCUGGCGGGCGGGAAGGGAAACGACGCGUUCCCGUAGGUGGCCUUAGUCAGUCGGUUAGACGCGUUUGCACGGCGUCGGUCUUCUUCGACGUAUCUGACGGACGAGUGUUGGCCGGGACGCGUUCGCGGCCGAGAGUCGCGCGAGUGUGACCGGGUGUGUUGAAUUGCGUCUUACUCGAUUUUUCACGGAGCAGAGGAGAGCGAUAAGACAAGGCACGAUGAGAGUCGCGUGUGCAGGUGGUGUAUGAGUGAGCGUUGAAACUGAUUGCGCGCAACCGCCGAAAAGGACACCGGCCCAACGAAGAGGACGAUAAAGACGACGUGGUGUGAGAAGCUUCUCGAAGCGAGAUUCCUGGAAGAGUGCAGGGGGAGGCGAGACUGUCGACGAUGACGGGGAAGUGUAUCGCGCGAGAACUCUCGAGGAACCUGCGGUUUUUUCCCGCGCUACCUGUCUUCGUCAUCUGCGAAUUGCUACUCUGCGGAACUCUGGCAACUGCAACGAGAUUGAGGCACUCGAGACACCUGGACGUGAGAUCGCAGUUUCUGGGCGAGGAAGAAUUACCGCUCGAUGAGAAUCACAACCACAAGCCGGUGUUCACCAAUUGCUCGAAUUAUGCGCCCGUAGUGAAGGAGGAGGAAUCGCGCGGCACGACGGUGAUCCAGGUGUACGCCGAAGAUAAAGAUCCGCCGGAUGAAGGAGGCACUAUUACGUACAGUUUCGUGACCGCUCCCGACGAGAGGUUGAAAUUCGAGAUCAACAGUACGACGGGUCUCAUCCAGACGACCCAGAUCCUCGACAGGGAUGAGCCCGCCAGGGAAAAGGAGGCUUAUCUCACAGUUCUCGCGACUGACAAUGGAAAACCACAGUUGGAUGACGUGUGUACGUUUAAGGUCACCAUCGAGGACGUCAAUGAUAAUGCACCCGUCUUUGACAAAGUGGCAUACACGGAAUCCGUGCCGCAAGAUUUACCUGUUGGUCGCGAAGUCAUGAGAGUCUCCGCUAGCGAUAUCGAUGACGGUAAUAAUUCUGUCGUACGAUAUAGUCUAGCGGCUAAGAAAACGGAGGAUGCCGCCUACUUUCGAAUCGACUCAGAAAGCGGUAUCAUAUUCCUCAACAAAGCUAUAGAUCGGAGUCCAAAUUAUAAAUUCAGUAUGACAGCCACCGCCAAGGAUAUUGGCAAAAUCUCACUCAGGAAUUCCAUUGAUCUUGACAUACGGGUUGUGGAAUCGCAUAAGAAGGCGCCAGCUUUUUUGCCAAGGCCUUUGGAGGCAAUUAAACUUAAGGAGAAUUUUAGCGAUUUCGAUGCGAACAUUGUCCGUUUAAAAGCAGUCUCCAAUAUUGAUAAUUCCAGCAAUUCGGACAGUUCGACUCUGCUCUUCGAGCUUGUGCCUGGUAGAACGGAGCAAACUAACAAAGGGAACACUUUUAGAUUAGAAUCUACUAAGGACGUAGCGGAUAUCAAGCUCGCUCAACAUCUUGAUUAUGAAAGUAACACGCAGUAUUCGUUAAUAGUACGAGUACAAAAUAAAUAUCAACUAGCCGCCGAAACAGUGAUCGACAUCGAAGUUCUCGAUGUAAAUGACAAUAUUCCAGUUUUCCGUGAUAUCAAAAAAGGAAGCGUGUUGGAGAACGAACCUCGAGGAGUUCCUGUAAUGCAAGUACGAGCCAUCGAUGCUGAUGGCACUUCCGCUAAUAAUCAGGUCAGUUACGAAUUGGACAACUUCAAAGAUCUCUUCACAAUCGAUCCGCAAACUGGCAAUAUCACGACAUUGGUGACGUUUGAUAGAGAGGUCGAAGAUACGUACAAUGUCAAAGUAAUAGCAACGGAUAAUUCUCCAAGCGCUCUGUUUAAAACCGGCGAGCACAAUAAAGGGCAACAGGUGUUUCGAAUCGAAAUCGCCGAUAAGAAUGACAAUCCGCCUCGUUUCACUGAAAAAGUCUAUACCCAUAAUUCAAUUUACGAAAAUGCAAACAUCAAUGCGCCCGUGACUGAAGUCAAGGCUGUCGAUUCUGAUACAGCGAGCCCUGUCACAUACAGCAUUAUACAGGGAAAUACUGACAAUAGCUUCUAUAUCGAAGCUACAACGGGAAAAAUUCGCGUGAAUAAGGCGCUUGAUUAUGAAAAGAUCACCAAAUACAAUUUGACUGUGAGGGCGUUCGAUGGUGUAUUUAACGAUACUGCUCAAGUUGAAAUUUUUAUUGAAAACAUCAAUGAUAAUCCACCAGUCUUUGAAGAUUUUAACAAAAAUCCAACGAUAGAAGAAGAAAAAUUGAUAGAUGGAUGUAUUACUACUGUGGUGGCUUACGACCCCGAUAUCGAAGAUAGAAAUGCCGAUCAGCAUAUCGCAUAUUUCAUCGUCAAAGAAGAUCAACAACCUUUGAUAGGAAUCGACAAAUCUGGCUGUCUGAAGUUGAAAAAGCCACUGGAUCAUGAUCCGCCGAAUGGUUAUUCAAUGUGGACUGUGAUUGUAAUGGCAAGAGACGAAGACGGAUCGCCUACGGCUCUACGCGAAUUGGUUAUGGUUAAUAUCACUCUCAUAGACAUAAAUGACAAUGCACCGUUUCUCGAAAUGCCUCCCGUCAUUUGGGAUGAAAACAGGCCGCCAGGCAAGAUAACUGAACUCAAAGCGCGAGAUUACGACUCUGAAGAGAAUGGUCCGCCAUUUGAAUUCCGAAUCGAUGAUAGUGCGGACGAUGAAAUUAGAUCCAAGUUCGACAUUCGUGACGUUAAUCUAUACGCGCGAGUUGAGUUCGAUCGUGAAGAACGGAAAAGUUAUGAUAUACCGAUCGCGAUCACGGACAGCGGUAUGCCACCCAUGACAGGUACCUCGACGCUCACUGUCAUUAUAGGCGAUGAAAAUGACAAUCCCAUGCAGGAAGGUUCGAGUUCUAUAUUCGUUUACAAUUACAAGGGAGAAGCUCCCGAUACGGAAAUUGGACGCGUUUACGUUAACGAUCUGGACGAUUGGGAUUUGCCUGAUAAAUCUUUCGAUUGGGCCUCUCCUCACGAUGGAUUCCAUCUAGAUCCCAAUACCGGCAUGAUCACUUUGCUGUCGGGUACGUCAAAUGAUACCUUUGUAUUGAAAUUUAUCGUCACUGAGAGAGGCCAUCUUAUUAAAUCGCACCAAGUAUAUGCGUAUGUGAAUGUCACCGUUAAAGAACUUCCGGAAGAAGCCGUGGAUAGAUCCGGUUCCGUGCGAUUUUAUGGGAUAACCGCGGAGCAAUUUGUAGAGCCUGACGAAUCCGGCGUCAGUAAAAAGGAAAUAUUUCAAGAGAAGUUAGCCUCUAUGCUAAACACAUCCCUCGAGAAUGUCGAUGUAUUUACGGUGCUUCAUUCGCCUCAUCACAACAAUAGAAGUUUGUUAGACGUCCGAUUUUCGGCACAUGGCAGUCCGUAUUACGCUUCCGAAAAGCUAAACACGAUUAUAGCGCAACAUUCCAAGCAGAUUGAACGAGAAAUGAAAGCGGACAUCUUAUUGGUAAACAUCGACGAGUGCUUGUUCGAGAAGGUUCAUUGCAACAGUUCAUGCCGCAGUUUCUUAAAUGCCAGCACUAUUCCAUAUUCCGUAUAUACUAAUACUAGUUCGUUCGUCGGUGUUAGAGCAAUUGUUGAUCCGUUGUGCACUUGCACCGUAGCGGAACCUAUCGUUUGCUUAAAUGGCGGUACUCCUCUGGCACAACGAUGCGAAUGCCCACCUGGUCUUGAAGGACCGAGAUGCGAACUAUUAGGUAUCGGUUUUCAGGGAGACGGCUGGGCCAUUAUGCCACCACCUAAUCAAGCUUGCGAUGAAUCGCAUAUAGGAUUGGAAAUAAGACCACACAUGGAUAAUGGCCUUGUUUUUUACUUUGGUCCUAUGACUUAUAGUCCUAAACUUGGACUUCGAGAUUUCAUGGCAUUAGAACUUCAACAUGGGUUCGCCGUAUUGUAUAUCGACUAUGGAACGGGAACUGUGAGACUAGAUCACAAACAAAUUAAAUUGACGGAUGGCAAGAAUCACAGAAUAGAUAUUUAUUAUACGAAAACUUCAAUGGAGAUGAGGGUUGAUAAUUGCGGCAUAUCUGCUUGCAUGAGUCUCACUGCACCGCAAGGAACUAAUGAAUUUUUAAAUGUUAAUAGUCCUAUGCAAGUAGGUGGUACAUUAAGUAAUUUAGCAUACUUGGCAUCAAAUUUAGGAUGGGAUCAUCAACCAACUAAUAAAGGAUUUAUUGGUUGUAUACGUAACAUGACAUUCAAUGGAAAUACAUACAACUUAGGCAUGCCAUCGCUGUCUAGAAAUGCAGAUCCCGGUUGCAAUCACGGUAUGGCAAAGGCCAUCUCAUUCGGGAUCGACACGAAUUUUAUAGUAGCCAUAGUAGUUUGCGUAUUAAUAUUGUUAAUAUUACUCGUCGCGGUAGUAGUGCAUAGAAGAAAGACGGAUGAUUUGUAUAAGGAUAUGGAUGAUAUUAGGGAAAACAUUAUAAAUUACGAAGACGAAGGAGGCGGUGAGGUUGAUACGGCAUUUGAUUUGAAUGUAUUAAGAGCUAUUUACGAUGCACCGCCUAUUGAUUCCAAAAUAGCUCCAAUUAGCCUACAGGGUAGAGGAAACGACGAAGUUCCAGACAUUUGCGGUUUCCUAGAUGGAAAAAAGGAAAGCUGUGAUAAAGAUCCCGAUACAAAUCCAUUUGACGACGUAAGACAUUAUGCUUACGAGGGAGAGGGUAACUCGGAAGGCGAUCUAUCAUCGCUAGCUUCCUGUACCGAUGAUGGAGAUCUCAAAUUCAAUUAUCUAUCUAAUUUUGGACCAAGAUUCAGAAAGUUAGCGGACAUGUAUGGAGAAGAUCCAAGUGAUGAGGAAAGUGACGGAGUCGGUGAACGAGAGAGCGAAAGCUGGUGUUGAGUUUUCUUAACCGAAAAUUUCAUAGCUGUAAAAUUUUUAACACAGAUUCGCUCCAGCAUAUAUGGUUUAUGUAACCACAAAUAUGAGUAUACAUGUCACAGGAUUUGUAUUAUAGAGAUCUACAGCCUCAAGCUUUUAACAACAAGCAAAGAACACCAGGGCUAAAACUGUACUUAAAAUUACGCGUGGUUUCAUUCACCGAUUACUAUAAUUUAAAGACAGCAAAUAAACGGAGAGCAUUAAAAUAUGCAAUCCUAUUGACGCGAUGUGUAAUUACACAUGAGCGUGAUUUAUUUAAUAAACGAAAUAAACUUUACAAUUAUCGCGAGUGAUUAUAUGGACGCUAUAAUACGAAUUCCGUUUAUACAGGAAAGAGUGUUGCGUAUCUCAUACUGAUCAUUAUGAAUUUUUAUAUUAUCGAAAAAAGAUUCACGUUUAUGUUAUAAUUUUACACUAGAGAUGAUAUAUGUAUAAUAAGUGGAACAAGAGAGAAAAUAGUGCGUUCACUACGUUGCGCGAAUAUAAACAUUACAAGUUCUAGAUUAUCGUAUUCUCGUCGUAUGUAUUUCGACGAGUUAUUGGACAAUCUGGAUUUCCAUAGGCAAUUUUUUUUUUCUAUAACUAAUUAUGAUGUGUAAAUUAUGAUAUAUUGUAUUUUGAAAAAUUAUAAUAAGC